AUGAAUUAUAAUCUAUCCUCAUCGACAUCUUCAAAUCUAAAUUCUAUCCUUACUUCAACAGAUAAAGAACAUGAAUUAUUAUGGAAUAAUAUGAACACAUUUGCUAUACCUGAUGAUCCAGAAGAAUCAUUAAAACAAGUCGAAACACCUUUAUUUCCUACUCUUCAAUUUGGACUACCAGCAGAACUCAAUCUAGAAGAUGUGAGCAAUACCACAAAAAACGUCAAUCCUGAUAUAAAAGAAGAAGCAACGGCGUUUAAUAUAUCUUGGGGAGGAGAUGAUAAACCACCGAGUAAAGUUCAUCCUGAUUUACAUGAACAAGAUCAACCUGUUAAAUUAACAAGGCCAUUACCCAAACCAAGGGGUAUAAGGAAAUUACCUGAGCCUGAACCAGCACCCGACGGUAGUAUUGAUGAAGAUACAUUAAAACGUAGAAAGAAUACAGAUGCAGCAAGAAGAUCGCGAUUAAAAAAGUUUAUUAAAGUAGAACAGCUUGAAAACAAAGUAAAUGCUUUACAGACAGAGAAUGCGAAACUGACUCUACGUAAUGCAGUAUUAGAGUCAGAAAAAAGAAGUUUACAUGCCAAAGAAAAAGAAGUGACAGUCAGUUUGUCUAGACUUGCUUUAGCAAAGGCCAUCAAAACCCCCGACGCAGGGGAAGGAGAGGCAGAGCCAUGGACAAAGAGUAUUAUUUUUCAUCAGGCUCAUAUUGAUAACCAAAUGAGAAACUCUAUUUUAAAUCCUCAACAGGCUCGAAGAGGAGUACCACGACCUUAUCCUCAACAACAACAACAACCUCCUCCUCCUCCUAUGCAUCGUGUUCGAUCAGAUGAACCUAAACAACAGCAACAGCAACAGCAACAACAACAACAACACCAUUAUCAUCAUAUGCAACAGCAACAGCAGCAGCAGCAGCAGCAUCAUCAUCUUCAACAACAACAACAACAACAACAACAACAACAACAAAAUAAACUCAAUUUAUCUGCUCCUCAAAGACCUAUAUCCCAAGCUAUCAAUUCUCCUAUCAAUUCUACUUCUAGAAAGGGUCGUCGAUUUAUACCUAGUGAUGAUGAAGAAGAAGAAGAUGACGACGACGACGACGAUGACGACGAUGAUGAAGAAGAAGAAGAAGAAGAAAAAGAAGAGGAGGAGGAGGAGAAUGAAAAAGAAGACCAAGUUAAUAAACAACAAGAGGAAGACAUGAAAAAGAAAAAGGAUGAUUUAAUUAUAAAUAAACCUGCAAUCAUAAAUCACAAGAUAAAUAUCAACAAAUCAAAUGAUACCAAUUUUAAUGAUAAGAAAGGUAAAACGAUAAGCCGUUUACCACAACCAAGUGAUGAUGAAGAUGAAGACGAAGAGGAGGAUGAUGAUGACGACGACGAUGAUGAUGAAACAGAACAAAGUCAACAAGAGGCUUAUACUCAAAGAAUAUCCACUUUAAGACGACUUGAACGUGGACCAAGUGCUCAUAGAAGAACAAGGUCAACAAAUGAUUUAGCGGCAUUACCAGUUACGGAGAUAUGUGUCGAACCUAGUCCUGUUACUGUACCCAAUAAAUUAGGAUCUAUUGAACAAUGGCGUAGAAGUGUAUUAGAAGCAGAAAAGAGUAGAGCUAGCUCUGGUUCAAUGUCAAAUGAAUCUUUUACUGAAGAUGAUACAUUCUCUAAUCUAAUGGAGGAACCUCUUGAUCUUUCUAUGGCACCCAACUAUCCUACACAAAGACAGCCAAAUAAUAAGUUGUAUCAUAGUUUACCUUCUCGUAAUAGAAGAUCUACUAUUGGAGAACUGGAUAUGUUUUAUAUUCAACAACAACAGCAACAGCAACAGCAACAGCAACAAUUAUAUAAUAUGCAAUUACAACAGGCUUUACAAUUACAACAAGCACAACAAAUGGUACAAAUGCAACAAUAUCAACAAGCUAUUCAAUUGCAACAACAACAACAACAACAAUUGUAUAACAGUCGAAAUUCAUUUUAUGAUACCCAUAAUAUCAGUAACAAUAAUAAUGCGAAUAAUCGAAAGAGUGUCUCUGGGAUGGAUUUAAUGAUUCAAAUUGAACAAGAAAAGGCUGCCAUUCGUAAAACAAAUAAAAAGAAGAUGCCUGAUCCUUCAAAGGCUAAAUUAGAUGAUGGUCUCCUAAGUCAAGUACCUGAACAAGGACAACAUAAUAUUAAUUUUCAACAUCAUGUCCUUAAACAACAGCAAUUAACAAGGGCAAGUAAAAGUGACUAUUAUCUUUCACAGGGCAAUAGCAAUAAUAAAUAUCGUUCAUCCUCAUCAUUAUCGAAUAGACCUCCUAGUACCGCAAUGAUGCAUUCCUCCAACCAUAGAAGAUCACAAAUGAUUCGUAGUGAAAGUUCGCCUAUACCUACUUUAAGUAUGUCCACUCCAAUUAACCCAGCUUAUUUAAUACCUCCUCCUCAAUCUCAAUCUAUGAUCAUGCUUCCACAGCAACAACAACAACAACAACAAAUAGGUAUGUUGAAUCCUGCUAAUAGAUCUUCACAUUAUCUAGCAGUACCCUUUAAUAAUAAUAUGAAAAGACAAAGUACUUUUUCCAGUUACAAUCAAUUCUAA